UAAAUCAAAAGAAUUACAUUAAAUUUAAAAAGACUCCGAAUUUGUAAUUAAUCCGCUUAACAAUUCACACAUUAAAUUCGAGGACGAACUGAACUUGUAAUUAAUCCGCUUAGCAGUUCAUCGUUUCGCAGGGAAUUAUUAAUUUAACGUUAUCAUUACUUAGCGUUUCUUUAUUUAAUGUCGAUGGUCAGAUUGGACAAACUGUAAUAACGCGACAAAGUUAUCCAUCUACGUGAAUUCGAAUUUUCUGAUCGACGCAGCGUUCACAGCGCGCACGACGCGCGUCAGGCAGCACGCAUCUGAUUGGUGGAACGCGGAAGGUGCGCAACAUGGCGGUCAUACCGUAAAGCGUUUCAACGCGAGUGUCGAAGGUAGAGGUAAUACAACGAUCGGCACGCGAUUUUGGUCUCUUGUUUUCUUGCGUACGGCGUAUCAGUUAUACACAACGUCACCGCUAUCAUUCGUGCUUCGAAUCUCAAGCGGGUAUAAUAUAGUUCUGCGUACAUAUAGUAAUUCUUGCCGCUCCAAUAUGCAGGCGUCGCGCUAUCAUUUUUCGGGGCGCGCAGUCGCGACGAGUAACGCGAUCACUCCUCGUCAACGAGCAACGUUUCUCUUAAAUACUCGCGACGAGUAAAUUCCAACAGUUUGUAGCGAGAAAUAAUUCACGACGACGAUUGUUCCAAUUACCUUUCGAAACGCGCGAUUAUUUUCUAAUUAAAAUACACCGCGGUGCGCGUCAGGAGAAUCGCGCGUUUGAACGGCGGGAGAUGUUAUGGCAUAUCACAACGCGCGUCUCAACGCGCAUAUCGAAAAUACAACGAUUAGCACGAGACCUUGGUGUUUGUUUUCCUGCGUACGCCGCGUCGGCGUCGGCAGGUUGUACACAAAGUCGCGCCGCGGUCAUUCGUGCUCGAAGCCUCGAGCGGGCGCGCAGUUCUGCGUAUACGCGCCGCUCCACACACAUAGGUAUAUCGUCGCGUUUAUUAUCCUUCAACACGUCUCAACGCGCACAUCGAAAAUUAAGGUAAUACAACGAAUAGCACGAGACCUUGGUGUUUGUUUUCCUGCGUACGCCGCGUCGGCGUCGGCAGGUUGUACACAAAGUCGCGCCGCGGUCAUUCGUGCUCGAAGCCUCGAGCGGGCGCGUAGUUCUGCGUACACGCGCCGCUCCACACACAUAGGUAUAUCGUCGCGUUUAUCAUCCUUCGGGUCUGCGAUGAGCGUGUAUAUAAAUUAUAAUGCGAUCAUUCCUUGUAAUGCUUCUGAAUACUCGUGGCUAAUAAAUUUUUAUAUACGUAGCUCAUAUCGAGAAACGCGAUUCGCGGCUCGUUAUUAUUUUCCGAGAUACGCGCGCUCGCGACACAUACGUAUUACAAGUAACGCGAUUGUUUCUCGUGCAACGAGCAAUACUUUUUAGCACUCGCGAUAAAUAAAUUCCUACGGUUUGCUUGACGGGAAGUGAUUCGCGACGGCGACUCUUUGUUAUCCCUCGAAACGAGAUUGUUUUUAUUUUUUAUUUUUUACGAAGAAUCGCGAUUGUCGCGGACGGGAGUGUAAAGUAUCGCGCGAUCGUUGUGCUCUCUCGAGAUUGAUGUAUGUGUGCGGUAGUAAUUAACCCGCGUGUUCGCGAGUGAGUAUUGUGCGAGUACAAUGAAGAAGUCUGAGAGGAAGAAGUGGGCCGCUUGGGAGGCAUCGGACGACGGCGGAGCAUCGCGGGAUGUAUUUUAAACGGCGUUAGAUGUGCUAUAAACUCCGCUACUGCGUUUCGGUUUGGUGAACGGAUCUUGGAGUUUACCCGGAUUUGUUUGUGAUUUUUAUAUCGCAAUGGAUGUGACUUGCAGUACCAGCUCUAUAUUCAAUCUUGUCGCUAUUUCAAUAGACAGAUACAUAGCGGUGACCCAGCCGAUAAAGUACGCGAAGCACAAGAACAAUAGAAGAGUAUGGUUGACGAUACUGUUGGUCUGGGCGAUAUCGGCCGCGAUCGGCAGCCCGAUUGUCCUAGGCCUGAAUAACACUCCGGACCGGAUACCGGACCAAUGUCUGUUCUACAAUACGGAUUUUAUCAUCUACUCGAGCCUGUCCAGCUUCUACAUACCCUGCAUCAUCAUGGUAUUCCUCUACUACAAUAUAUUCAAGGCUCUGCGAAACAGAGCGAAAAGGGCUCGUGCUACCAGAAAACCGAAUUUAGGCGACAUAAAACCGGGAAGUAUCAUCGAGAAUAUCGCACACACGCGUAGUUGUCGUUUCAGCGCGGUGGCGCAAGCCCAGCUGACUUCGACGCCGCACGCGGUGCAGCGGCAGGACUCCAGCGGGUACGACGCCGCGGCGAGCAGUACGAUGAUCCACGAGCCACUCGAGACGAAUUCAAGCCCGAGCCCGAAUCCGCGGAUCACGUCGGGCCCGCCGUCCUCGUCGACCUCCUCGUCGCCACCGCCGACGCGCGGCCAGACCAGCGUGUCCUCGGCGACGACGCAGACGAAGAGGAACGGUAACAACGGCGGCGCGAACAAGCAGGAGCUGAAGCGACUGAAGAGCGCCGGCUCGCUCCUGCCGCUGCAGCUCGCGCGGACACCCAGCGUGCUGUCGUCCUCGUGCAAGAAGGAUCGGAAGAACGCAUCGUCCGGGUCGAGGUUCACGAUAUACAAGGCCAACAAGGCUAGCAAAAAGAAAAGGGAGAAAAGCUCGGCCAAGAAGGAGCGCAAGGCCACGAAAACUCUGGCAAUCGUGUUAGGUGUCUUCCUAAUAUGCUGGGUGCCCUUCUUCACUUGCAACAUCAUGGACGCAAUCUGCACGAAGCUGACGAAGGCUUGUCAGCCUGGCGUUACAGCCUUCAUCGUCACUUCCUGGUUGGGCUACAUGAACAGCUUCGUGAAUCCCGUAAUAUACACUGUGUUCAACCCCGAAUUCCGUAAGGCCUUCCGCAAGCUGAUCAGCAUAUAAGCGAGCGAUUCACCCGCUCGCACCGGGUUAAGAAGAGACACGGGACAGCAAACGUAAACUUCGGUGUGAAUCGUCGUAUUUGUGAUGUAACAACGAGACUGUAGGCUCUCGGCAUGCUUGCAACAGGUACUGUUCUUGUAUUUGGAAAUCUCAACAGCUGCAUUUGCCUAUCGGUUUUCGCGUUCCGUUGCGUGUCAAUCGUUUUCCAAGCGAGUAAGAAAAACCGAGUUUCGCGAAACGUUUUCCAUUUUCUAUCACUUAGGAAUAAAUACGGUCCGCGGGGUGGGGAAAGAAAAAAAAAUAGAAGGCACUAUUUCCGACUUCAUGUACGAGU